UAUCCGCCACUUGAAUGAGAAAACAGUCGUCUUAAGAGGUCCUCGAAGGUAUUUUUUUUAGUCCAUUUGUUAUGAUUAUUCUUUAAAGUAACAACGUAUACAUUAGCAGCGGUUUGCCGGCUGGAAGGAAUCUAUAAAAGCUGCCGUUAGCGGGCGGGGAGAUGAUGCACCGGUGUUCUGCCGAUUUCUGCUGCUUUGAAAAUCGACUGUGCGCAUGCGCAGAACCACAAAGUCUGGACGCUGAACAGCGUGCUUGACUGAGGGACGUCAGAAACUCCAAACAUGCCUCGAGCUGCUCCGAGCCAGGUGACUCCGUGGAUCGAGAGGCUGGUCCUGAGCCACGGCGACCAGAGGGGGGGAAUAAGGGGGCGGCUGAAGGCCCACGUGAUCGGCGUGGGGCAGAUGUCCCUGUCCCAGGCGCGGGGCUGCGAGGGGGCCCCGGGGCUCCAGGGGCCCCCGGGGAUCCUGUUCCUGUCCGACGGGCUGCUGCAGAUCCCGGCCGUCCUCACCGCCUCCGCCUGGGAGCUCCUCCAGGAGCAGGAGGACCGGGAGAGCUUCAGCAGCCUGCUCAACACCACCGUCAUCCUCCACCGCCACCGGCUGCUGUUCCACAUGAACCCGGUCCAGACCCGCUGCAGGUUCUUCCUGUCCGUGGGGGAGCUGGCCACCACGGCGGCCGGCCCCGCCAAGGACACCACGCCCUGCUGCACCUCCCUGGCCUCGGUCCGGGGGAAGAUCUGCAGCGCCUGGCGGGACCUGCUGGGCCAGGACGACUCCCAGAGGAGCCAGUGCGGCCUGGACCUGUCCGAGUUGCUGGGAGAGUGGCAGGACGACUGCCUGCAGGCCGUGCUGGAGGACGUGAGGGAGACGCUGGUACCGGCCGGGUCCCGACCCUCCACGUCGGCCCACAGCGCCUCUCCGACCACUGCUACAGGCUUCGAUGUGGACAGGUGAAGUGAGAAAAAAUACAUUUUGUGUCCUGAAGUAGGAAUGGGCGAUAUUUUACCGUUCACGAUAAACCGUCAAAACAAUUCCCCACGGUAAGAAUUUGUCAUCUCGGGGUAAAAACGAUAAAUUCCCGUUGAUGACGUUUUUGUGUGAAG